GACCCAGCGCUUGGGGCAAGGCUUGCACCGCGGGAUUUUAGGCGAGACAAGCUCUGCUCAGAGGAGCAAGAACUCCACGGAGGGAGAGCAAUGGAGCGCCUGGCCUCCUUCAGCAACGACCCUUUCGAUAAGCCCCCGUGCCGAGGCUGCUCCUCGUACCUGACGGAGCCCUACGUGAAGUGUGCCGAGUGCGGGCCCCCUCCCUUCCUCCUCUGCUUGCAGUGUUUCACACGAGGAUUUGAAUACAAGAAACAUCAAAGUGAUCAUACUUAUGAGAUAAUGACGUCUGAUUUCCCUGUCUUGGAUCCUAACUGGACAGCUCAAGAGGAAAUGGCACUCCUGGAAGCUGUGAUGGACUGUGGCUUCGGAAACUGGCAGGACGUAGCCAACCAGAUGUGCACGAAAUCCAAGGAGGAGUGUGAGAAACACUACAUGAAACACUUUAUCAACAAUCCCUUGUUUGCCUCUACGUUGCUGAACCUGAAGCAGGCGGAGGAGGCGCAGCAGAGCGAAACGGCCAUCCCGUUCCACCCUGCGGAUGAUCCCCCCCGGCCCACCUUUGACUCCCUGCUGUCCCGGGACAUGGCUGGGUACAUGCCAGCCAGGGCUGACUUCGUGGAGGAGUUUGACAACUAUGCUGAAUGGGAUUUGAGAGAUAUUGAUUUUGUGGAAGAUGAUUCAGACAUUUUGCAUGCUCUGAAGAUUGCAGUUGUAGAUAUCUACCAUUCCAGGUUAAAGGAAAGACAGAGAAGAAAAAAAAUCAUACGAGAUCAUGGUCUGAUCAACCUCAGAAAGUUCCAGAUUUUGGAAAGGCGGUAUCCAAAGGAGGUUCAAGACCUUUAUGAAACAAUGCGACGGUUUGCACGAAUUCUCGGACCGGUAGAGCACGAUAAGUUCAUUGAAAGCCACGCACUGGAAUUUGAGCUGCGAAGGGAAAUAAAGCGACUCCAGGAGUACAGAGCAGCGGGAAUCACCAAUUUCUGCAGUGCCAGAACCUACGAUCACCUCAAGAAGACGCGAGAGGAGGAGCGCCUGAAGCGCACGAUGCUCUCGGAGGUGCUCCAGUACAUCCAGGACAGCAGAAUUUCACUGCCGUUAAUAAAGGCACAGAGGGAAUUGGGACUCUAUGGUGAUUCCGGCCUGAGUCCCACGGUACCAGUUCCUUCAAAUUCAGGUAGACGCAGUGCCCCCCCGCUGAACCUCACGGGUCUCCCGGGGACAGAGAAACUGAACGAGAAGGAGAAGGAGCUCUGUCAGAUGGUGCGGCUGGUCCCUGGAGCCUAUUUGGAAUAUAAAGCUGCUCUGGUGAACGAGUGCAACAAACAAGGAGGCCUGAGACUGGCUCAGGCUAGAGCACUCAUCAAGAUCGACGUGAACAAAACCCGGAAAAUCUAUGACUUCCUUAUCAGAGAAGGGUACAUCACCAAAGCCUGA